AUGGCCUCCAGUCAAGAGAGCCAAUUUAGUGAUAGUUCUAGCAGAGAAGAAGAGGAUAUAUGCAAUGCCCUGGAUGUGUUAGGCAUUCAGUUCUUGUCCCAUGUGUUCCUAGAUGACAGCAUAGCUACAGUUUUGAUACUCCUGCUCCAGAAGUAUCAAACACAGGAGGCAAUCACCAAGGCAGAAAUGUUGCACACUUUGGGCCCUGAUUAUGAUAGCGAACAGAUACCACUAUUCAAAAUAGUCUGUGAAAACAUGUGUCUGAGCUUUGGCAUUGAUAUGAGGGAAGUGGACCCCAUGAGCCACACUUAUGCUCUCUUGCCUCUCUUGGGACUCACUUAUAAUGGGAUGCUCAGUGAUAAUUACCAGUGCCUUUCCAAAAUCGACCUCUUGAUAGUCAUCUUGACUAUCAUUUUAGUGAAAGGAAACUGCGUCAGUGAGGACGACAUCAAGGAAUUCCUAAGAAAAAGGGAAAUGUUACCUCAGAAGGAUCACUUUGUUCUUAAGGAUCCCUGGAAAUUCAUCACUGAGGAAUUGGUACAGCAAGGAUAUCUUGAGUACCGGCAGGUGGCCAACAGUGAUCCUGCUCACUAUGAGUUCUUGUGGGGUCCAAGGGCCCACGCUGAAACCACCAAGAUGAAAGUCCUGGAGCAUUUGGCAAAGCUUAAUUGUAGCGAACCAAGUUCCUACCCACGUCUGUAUGCAGAUGCUUUGGGACAGGAGCAAGAGGCAGCCCAUGCAUCAGAUACUGGCCAAUAA